CCCUUCCCCUUUUCUCAUGGAGCAGGUUCCUUGACGUCAGAUCUAUGAAUAUUGCACGAAAAAGCCGGCUUGCGAGAGCUACGGCUGCGGCUCGAUGUAAGCCAGGGGUCUAUCCCGGUGCGGACCGUGGCGGCGGCGGCCAAGAGGAGGCACUGAUUGCCGCAGCUUUGGAGAAGGAGGAGAGCAGGCGGCUGGUGGCCGAGAGCGGGAGAGGAGGCCGGCCGUGCAGCGCCGGCGGCGGCGGCGGCAGCGAGCAGGGGGGCCUGUUGCUGCUGCUGCCGCCGAGAGAGGAAGAAGUGCUCGGCUGCGCGCUCCUUCCCCGGCGAGAGCUGGCCCCGGGGGAAUGUGACAUCACCGCGCGGGUCUGGGGCAGCCGAGCAGGAAGGCUUCCCGGGAGCGCCCCGGCCCCGGUGGCUAACGCGCUGCCUCCCGCGCCCGCGCCCGCUCCCCACCUCGGCCCCGCGAUCAGCAUGUCUGCGAAGGAGAGGCCGAAAAGCAAAGUGACUACCAAGGAGAGCGUCACCCUCUUGCCUUGCUUUUACUUCGUGGAGCUGCCCAUACUGGCCUCUUCUGUUGUCAGUCUCUAUUUCCUUGAACUCACCGAUGUCUUCAAGCCAGUUCAUGCUGGAUUUAGCUGCUAUGAUAGAAGUCUGAGUAUGCCAUACAUUGAACCUUCCCAGGAGGCUGUUCCUAUCUUGAUGUUGCUCAGUUUGGCUUUUGCUGCCCCUGCCAUUAUGAUUAUGGUGGGUGAGAGCAUUCUCUACUGCUGCCUUUCCAAACGGCGGAAUGGAAUUGGAGCCGAGGCCAAUAUCAACGCAGGCGGCUGCAAUUUCAACUCUUUCCUUAGGAGAGCUGUCCGAUUUGUUGGUGUCCAUAUCUUUGGCCUUUGUGCUACUGCACUGAUCACUGAUAUUAUACAGCUGUCAACUGGAUAUCAAACACCAUAUUUCCUGACCGUAUGCAAGCCUAAUUAUACUUCCCUCAAUGUAUCAUGCUCAGAAAAUUCUUACAUUGUGGAGGAUAUUUGCUCAGGAUCUGAUCCCAUUAUCAUCAAUGAUGGAAGAAAGUCAUUCCCUUCACAACACGCCACCCUGGCAGCGUUUGCAGCUGUGUAUGUUUCGAUGUACUUCAAUUCUACGCUAACCGACUCUUCUAAACUCCUGAAACCACUUCUAGUCUUUGCUUUUAUCAUCUGCGGAAUCAUGUGUGGCCUGACACGCAUCACCCAGUACAAAAACCAUCCAGUCGAUGUUUAUUGUGGCUUUUUAAUUGGGGGUGGAAUUGCCCUCUACUUGGGUCUGUAUGCUGUGGGGAACUUUCUGCCAAGUGAAGACAACAUGUUCAAUCAGAACAUACACAGAGAGCCACUGAGACCUUUGCCUGACCUAAACCAAGAUCCCAACCGAAUUCUACCAGGGAAAAAUGGUAGUGGUAAUGAUGCCAUCACUACUCAUCACGUGGAGAACAUGUUGAACAGGAACCAUAGAGACACCGGUUCCUUGACAAACCUCAAGAGAGCAAAUGCUGAUGUCGAAAUUAUAAUGCCACGAAGUCCGAUGGGAAAGGAAAACAUGGUCACAUUCAGCAACACCUUGCCAAGAGUCAACACGCCUGCAGUAGAAGAAUCAGCUCGACGGAACGCAACCAUACAUGCGUCUAUGGAUUCUGCCCGCUCGAAACAGCUCCUCUCUCAGUGGAAGAACAAGAAUGAAAGUCGGAAGCUGUCCCUGCAGGUAAUUGAGACUGAUUCCGGACAGUCACCUCCUAGGGCCAUUGAAAUGAGGUCAAGCUCUGAGCCAUCUAGAGUGGGUGUUAAUGGAGACCACCAUGGUCCAAGCAGUCAGUAUCUGAAAAUUCAACCUGGUAGUAUGCCAGGCUGUAACAGUGCUGGCCUAUCUGGGGGACCCAGGGUUUCUAUUCAGUCACGUCCAGGAUCUUCCCAGCUUGUGCAUAUCCCUGAAGAGACCCAGGAAAAUGUGAACACCUCUCCAAAAACAAGUUCUGCUCGAGCUAAGUGGUUAAAAGCUGCUGAGAAGACAGUUGGAUGCAGAAGUAACAGCCAGCCAAGAAUCAUGCAGGUGAUAGCCAUGUCAAAGCAACAAGGAGUUCUUCAGGGCAGCCCAAAGGGCUCUGAGGGCAGUACAGUCACCUGCACGGGAGCAAUCCGCUACAAAACCUUGACAGAUCACGAACCAAGCAGCAUCGUACGAGUUGAAGCCCAUCCCGAAAACAGCCGCCCCAUCAUUCAAAUGCCAUCGGAAGGAGAAGGCAGUGGCUCCUGGAAAUGGAAAGCUCCCGAGAAAGGAAGCCUCCGCCAAACGUAUGAGCUGAAUGACCUCAACAGAGACUCUGAGAGCUGCGAAUCUUUGAAAGACAGUUACAGUUCUGGGGACCGGAAGAGAAGCAACAUCGAGAGCGGUGAGCACCACCAUCAUGGGAUCACCACGAUAAGGGUGACCCCCGUAGAAGGCAGUGAGAUUGGCUCAGAGACCCUCUCCAUUUCCUCUAGCCGUGACUCGACCCUUCGGAGAAAAGGUAAUAUCAUUCUAAUUCCCGAAAGAGGCAGCAGCCCGGAGAAUACCAGGAAUAUCUUCUACAAAGGAACAUCUCCAACAAGAGUUUACAAAGAGUGAGGGCUGGUGCUUCAGCCAAAACAUACUACUACAAUCAAUACUUUGUACUCUCUUUAUUUUUAGAGCUGAUGCCGAAAUAUUCUUGAUGUGCCAACUAUCGACCAUCAGCCUGACUGUUUAUGGAUGUUGCUGAUGUGUAGUGAUUGUGCAUGAAUUUGUGAAUCUCAUGUCGCGGGGGGAAAAAGCACAAUGCAAGAACCUAAUGGAGGGGAGCAAGCUUUUGUUUUCAGAUUCCAAAUGUUUUUCCAGUGGGGACUGACCAGGUCAGCAAAAAGAGCCAUCUUAAAUCCAGACGGCUCGUUUCCUGAAUGUGCCAACUUUUCAACUUAUCUCUGUUUCAUGAUAAAAGGGAAGCAAUUUUUUUUAAAAUCAGCAAAAGCUGUACCAGAGUUGUACUUCAUCUUUGCGGGUUUUGCACCAAAACUUAAUACCAAAUGGUGCUGAUUCUAACUUUACAUUUUUAGAAGACUUCUAUUCCUGUGCAGCUCUCUAAACACAGUACAUUUUAACGUGCGAGUUCUUUCCGAGUAUUUCAGCUGAAAACACCACGCUAACUGCAUUCAUUUAGAAUAGAGAAGUAUCAGUGGCUUUGCUAUAGUGCAAUUGUCAUCUCAAAUGACAGCUGGAGUUUUAUGUAGUGCUUUGAAAGGUUUUCUGGAUCCAAAAG